GAAUAUCGUCAAUUGGGUUUUCAAUGAAAACCUCGAUUGUUUAUAUUUAUUUUUAAUCGUAUUUUCACGCAGUUAAUCAGUGUAAAAUGGUUAAAUUAACACCGGAACUGAUAAAUCUGUCCAUGCAGUACAUGAAUCCCUGCAGGGACAGAGAACUCUCCUUAAGGGGCUACAAAAUCCCUCAAAUUGAGAAUUUGGGGGCUACUCUGGAUCAGUUUGAUGUAAUAGAUUUCUCCGAUAAUGAUCUAAGGAAGCUUGAUGGCUUCCCGCAUCUACAGCGUCUGAAAUGCCUCCUGCUGAACAACAAUAGGAUUGUGAGAAUCAGUGAGAAUUUGCACGAAUCCCUGCCCAAUCUUGAGUCAAUAAUUCUCACUGGGAACAGUAUUCAGGAGCUUGGUGACCUAGAACCACUCACACACCUCCCAAAGUUGGAAACUCUCUGCCUCCUGAUGAAUCCCGUUUCCACAAAGCCCCACUACCGUGAAUACAUUGCCUACCGCUUCCCAAAUCUACGGCUACUGGAUUUCAGAAAAAUCAAGCAAAAGGACAAAAAGGCAGCCAAUGAAUUGUUCAAGAGCAAGAAGGGCAAGGAAAUCCACAAAGAAAUCACGAAGAGGGCAAAAACCUUCGUUCCGGGAGCUGGACUAGCCGACAAAGCCAAGUUAACUCGAAUCCCCAAUGCAAAUGUACAAGCUAUCCGGGAGGCCAUCAAGAACGCCACAUCGUUGCAGGAAGUUGAGAAACUCACACGAAUGCUACAAUCUGGGCAGAUUCCCGAAGAAGUUUCCAAUGGGAAUGGAAAUGGAACCGUUGAAGAAGAAGAGGAAGAAGAGCAGGAGCCAAUGGAGCAGGACUGAGCCAGGAGAUUUGAGGCAUUCGGGUAAAUUUUUCCAACACAAUAAAUUAGUUUAUCACA